GGAGCUCUCGGCUGCGUGAGUCGCCGCUCGACGCUGGCGGAGACUGCGGUUGUGACCGACCAAGUGAACGGGCAGACGCCGAAAUAAAAACCACUAGAAAUGAUGUGCGAAGUGAUGCCAACGAUAAACGAGGACACCCCGAUGAGUCAACGGGGGUCCCAAAGCAGUGGCUCGGACUCGGAUUCUCACUUUGAGCAGUUGAUGGUGAAUAUGCUGGAUGAAAGGGACCGUCUCCUUGACACUCUUCGGGAGACACAGGAAAGCCUGUCACUUGCACAGCAACGCCUACAGGAUGUCAUCUACGACAGAGACUCCCUGCAGCGACAGCUUAACUCAGCGCUGCCUCAGAUGACGGUUGCUGCUGGUACGAGCAUUGAGAAUAACAUUCAAAGGACCAUAUCCUGCCCUAAUGAAUUUGCUGCACUGACAAAAGAAUUAAAUGCAUGUAGGGAACAGCUACUUGAAAAAGAGGAAGAGAUUUCAGAACUGAAAGCUGAAAGAAACAACACAAGACUGUUACUGGAACAUUUGGAGUGCCUUGUCUCAAGACACGAAAGGUCACUGAGGAUGACAGUGGUGAAGCGGCAAGCACAGUCUCCCUCAGGGGUUUCCAGUGAAGUUGAGGUCCUCAAAGCUUUGAAAUCUCUAUUUGAGCACCACAAGGCUCUGGAUGAAAAGGUAAGGGAACGACUGAGGGUUUCUUUAGAAAGAGUCUCUGCACUGGAAGAAGAACUAGCUGCUGCUAACCAGGAGAUUGUAGCUUUGCGUGAACAAAAUGCCCAUAUUCAAAGGAAAAUGGCAGCUGGUGAAGGGCCUACCGAGUCAGAGCAUAUAGAAGGAAUGGAGCCAGGGCAAAAGGUUCAUGAAAAGCGCCUGUCAAACGGCUCUAUAGACUCAAAUGAUGAUGCCAGUCAAGUUGUGGAACUUCAGGAGCUGCUUGAAAAGCAAAACUAUGAAAUGGCACAAAUGAAGGAACGCCUGGCUGCGCUGUCGUCCCGGGUGGGAGAGGUAGAGCAGGAAGCAGAGACUGCCCGAAAGGAGCUCAUUAAAACUGAAGAAAUGAACAGUAAAUACCAGAGAGACAUUAGGGAGGCAAUGGCACAAAAAGAAGAUAUGGAAGAAAGAAUCACUACACUGGAGAAGCGCUACCUCAGUGCACAGAGAGAAUCCACCUCUAUACAUGACAUGAACGAUAAGCUGGAAAAUGAACUGGCAAACAAGGAAGCCAUCCUGCGUCAGUUGGAAGAAAAGAACAGGCAGCUGCAGGAGCGCCUGGAGCUGGCGGAGCAGAAGCUGCAGCAGACUAUGCGGAAGGCUGAAACCCUGCCCGAGGUGGAGGCUGAGCUGGCGCAGAGGAUCGCGGCCCUCACCAAGUCUGAUCCAACCUCUUCUACCUCAUCUGAUGAUUAUCAAUAUGUUAUGGAAGCUAAACUACAAGAAAUGAUCUCCAUACGUAGGAAGGCAGAAGAAAGACAUGGAAAUAUUGAAGAACGUAUGCGACAUUUAGAAGCUCAACUUGAAGAGAAGAAUCAGGAACUUCAAAGAGCAAGGCAAAGAGAAAAGAUGAAUGAGGAGCACAACAAAAGACUCUCAGAUACUGUAGACAGACUUUUGACAGAAUCCAAUGAACGUCUGCAGCUACACUUAAAAGAGAGAAUGGCGGCGCUCGAGGAGAAGAAUGUUUUAAUUCAAGAAUCUGAAAGUUUCAGGAAGAACCUGGAAGAGUCUUUACAUGACAAGGAAAGACUCGCAGAAGAAAUCGAGAAACUGAGAUCUGAACUGGACCAGAUGAAGUUGAGGGCUGGUUCUUUAAUUGAACCCUCAUUGUCAAGGCCUCAUCUUGACACAUCAGCAGAGCUGCGGUAUUCUGUGGGCUCCCUGGUUGACAGCCAGUCUGACUAUCGGUCAACUAAAGUGAUACGGCGACCUAGAAGGGGCCGGAUGGGAGUGCGCAGGGAUGAACCAAAGGUAAAAUCACUUGGAGAUCAUGAGUGGAAUAGGACUCAGCAGAUAGGAGUUUUGAGCAGCCAUCCAUUUGAAAGCGACACCGAAAUGUCUGAUAUUGAUGAUGAUGAUAGAGAAACACUUUUCAGCUCCAUGGACCUCCUAUCACCGAGUGGCCAUUCGGAUGCCCAGACUCUGGCCAUGAUGCUUCAGGAGCAGCUAGAUGCUAUCAAUAAAGAAAUCAGGUUAAUUCAAGAAGAAAAAGAAUCAACAGAACUGCGUGCUGAAGAAAUAGAGAACAGAGUGGCCAGCGUGAGCCUGGAAGGCUUAAAUCUAGCCAGGGUCCACCAAGGAACGUCCAUUACUGGCUCGGUGACAGCGUCAUCACUGGCAAGCUCAUCUCCUCCCAGCGGACACUCGACUCCCAAGCUCACUCCUCGCAGUCCAGCCAGGGAAAUGGACAGAAUGGGGGUCAUGACGCUGCCAAGUGACUUAAGGAAACAUCGAAGAAAGAUUGCAGUAGUCGAAGAAGAUGGGCGUGAAGAUAAAGCCACCAUCAAAUGUGAAACUUCUCCUCCUCCAACACCCAGAGCUAUCAGAAUGACUCAUACCCUUCCUUCUUCGUACCACAAUGAUGCCAGAAGUAGUUUGCCUGCUUCACUGGAACCAGAGAGCAUUGGUCUUGGCAGUGUCAGUAGCAGCCAGGACUCCCUCCACAAAGCUCCCAAGAAGAAAGGAAUCAAGUCUUCAAUAGGACGUUUGUUCGGUAAAAAAGAGAAGGCUCGCCUUGGACAGCUCAGAGGUUAUAUGGAAACAGAGGCAGCAGCACAAGAAUCGUUGGGAUUAGGCAAGCUUGGAACGCAAGCAGAAAAGGACCGACGGCUGAAGAAAAAGUGA